CACCGAACGAGGUCUCGCCGAUCUAAUCUCCCACACACACACACGAGCACACGACACACGACGGCGCGGCGGGGCACGCCUGCUACGUCCGUACUUCGCUGGUCGCCGUCCACAGUUCCACCCAGCGAGCGUCCUCCUUCACCGGCCUCUCUCUGCCGUCGACGCCUCGCCCCUCCUUGCUCACCAAUUCUCAUCUGCGGAGCCGCCUAAAGAGAACGAGCGGCCGCUCCGGCCACCGGCUAGAUCUGCAGCACCAUCACUCCACCAGCCCACCCCCGUGAUCUACCUGCUGUCGCCGGCCCUCUCUCCCUCUGCAGCACCACCAACUGAGGUGGAGUUCAACAGCUCACAUUCCUACAUCUUUGGAAAUGCAUCCCCAUCUAACCCUACACAGGCAUCCUAUGUGUGCUGAGAUUAUUGAAGAAUUCCAGAAGUGCCAUGUGGAUCACCCCAUCAAAAAAUUCUUUGGUGAAUGCACGGAUCUUAAGAUUAAGCUUGAUCGAUGCUUCCGGCAGGAGAAAGCUGUGAAGAGAAAGGCAAACUUUGAAGAGAGCAAGAAAUUUAAAGAAAGGUUGCAGGCUUAUAAAAAGGAAAUGGCUGAGAAAGAAAAUGAAUCAUAGCUUCAAAUGGAGGACAAUGACCUUCACUGAAUGCUUUUUUGCUGCAAUCCUGUGGCUUCAACUUUGUGAAACAAAGUUACAGGCUUGUCUUUGCUUUGUGUUUACAUCACAUAUCUACUGUUAUAAGAUUACAUCUGAGGUCAUAUAAUCUAUUUAGAAGUUCAAAUUUCCUUCUGUGGCUCAUGCUAUACAUGGUUAGUCUAUUUCCAUGUCUGUACUCCUGUAAAAGAGCAAGUUAGUGAUGAUGGUGUGUCUGCCUUGGCGUCA